CGAAGUGGUCUACAUGCGCACCGAAACGUAGUCGAGUUAGGCCAAUGUUGUUUCUCGACAAGAUCGAGCCUCUCACUAAAACCAGCAAGCUCUGUUCGGGAUACGUAAACAGAGCCCAAGAAAUCCUGAAGCAACAACAUCCUAUGAUCGGCGGACUGAAUUGGGUAACCAUUGGAGGAACUCUUGAAUAUCCAAAGGCGACGGAGGAUAAAUGGAUGCAGGUUAUUCAUGAUGGCCGUGACCACUGGGUGCUGGUGGCCAAAGGAUUCGUCCAACCGGAACACGUAAAUGUGUAUGACAGUUUGGCGGGAAGUGCCUGGCACGACAAACAUGUCCUAAGCUGCAUGUCCAGUCUUUUGAAAACAGAUGAGAAAAAGAUGACAUAUAUCGUCAAACAAUGUCAAAGACAAAACAAUAGCUACGACUGCGGGGUCUUCGCCAUCGCCUUCGCUACCAGUUUAGCAAAUGGGGAAGACCCUACAGGAAUGUUGUACGAUCCAAAACAGUUGCGUCCUCACCUGAACGAGUGUAUGACGUCCGGAAAACUAACAUCGUUUCCGUCUACCAUCAGUCGUCGCAAGCGAUCUCGCGAGACGGUAAAAACUGAAGAGGUGUUUUGUAAUUGCCGCAGAACAGCGUACCAAUUACCCUCCGAGCAGUGGGAGUACAUCGAGUGUGACCGGUGUGGGGAAUGGUUCCAUCGAAUGUGUAUUGGUGACUUCCCAACUAAUACUGAUGAUGAUUGGAUCUGUAAAUGUUGUAUACACAAAGAUUAA